GAGAAUAAUAACAGGGAAGCUUGUUUGGACCGUUUGCGUUGUGCUGCGUUAGUCUUAAAAUCUGUCAUCAUCCAUAUUUUUACUUUGCUUUACCCAAGUUAUUUUAUCGAGAGUGUCUGCUUAUGUUAUCUGUUAUUUAUAUUUUAUUAGAAUUUCGCAUUGGAAGACAUCGACAACGUAAAAAAAGUGCGUGGCGUCUACAUCGCCGCUAUUCUUUUUUUUGGCAUUAGCAUUAGCAGUGGGGCCCAAAAAAGCUAGUUCCUGAAGAUACAAUUCUAUAAAGGCUUCGUUUUUCGCCAAGCUUAUAUUUAUAUUUGGGUAAUAAUGGCUUGUGGGGCUACUUUGAAACGUACUCUGGAUUUUGACCCCCUAAUGAGCCAGGCUUCUCCCAAAAGAAGAAGGUGUGCACCGGUCAUGUCGCCGGUCUCCUCUCCGCAGAAAUAUCUGCGUUUGGAACCAUCGCCUUUCGGAGAAGUGUCAUCUAGACUCACCACAGAACAAAUUCUGCACAACAUAAAACAGGAAUACAAACGCCUGCAGAAACGGCGACACCUGGACAGCGCUUUCCAGCAGACAGAUGGGUGCUGUCCUCUGGAUCUGCAAAACAUUCAGGCUGGGUCACCUUUGGCUGGGUCUCCUUUACCAGGUACAUCCUCAGGUGGCUCAUCUCCCACCAGGAAGGAGCAGCCAUUAUUUUCCCUUAGACAGGUUGGGAUGAUCUGUGAGAGACUACUGAAGGAGAAAGAGGACAAAAUUCGAGAAGAAUACGAUGAGAUUCUGACAACAAAACUCGCUGAGCAAUAUGAUGCAUUUGUCAAGUUCACACAUGACCAGCUGAUGCGAAGAUUUGGGGAGCAGCCUGCAAGUUAUGUCUCUUGAGUUCUGAAUUUGGGAUAUUCCCUUUGCUGCCAUCUUCUCCAGGGCCUUGGUGGGUUUGAUUAGACUUUUCUCCUUGCUGUGCCAUAUUGCCUCUCUGUGGACUUGCUGCCUCGGGCAUCAGUUAUUGGCGUCAACAUUUCCUGUUGCUUGUAGGAGUUCGGAGAGUUUUCUGCUGCCAACAUUACAUGAGACUCUUCCAGUGGCCUCUUUACUGCCAUGAUCCUUUUGGCUUUGUUCUGAUGCCUUUAUUAAAGGCUCUCAUCACACACUUGGCCUUUUUUACUUUACUAUUUUAUUCCUUUAGUGAUAUUUCACCAAGGAUGUGAGUUGUGCAGUUUUUAUGUCUGUUUUUCUAAAGGGAUUGGAGAUUAAUUAGUUGAAGGAAGACAGCUGUCUGGAUUUGAGUAUCAACUGUUGUCUUUGCUUUCUUCAACUUUGUAUAAACUGUUCUGAUUAUUACUACUUUUAGAUUUUGUACAUUUGUACACACUGUAUUGCAUUAGUUUAAUUUGUUUUGCAUAUUUGGCUUGAAUUUUGUUCAUUGUAUCCCAAUGUUAUGACUUUGUUUUACUAUAAGUUUAAAGGGGCUUUGAUUCCAAUGAUGUAAAUAAAGUUUUGUCUGAAA